GGGGAAGGGGAGUGAGAGCCCCGGUGGAGCCCGCACAGCCCCCGCGCCCCGCGGGACCGCCGUGCCGGAGCGCCGCGCACAGGACUAGAAGAAUAAAGAGAAGCUGGGUUGAUGAGAACUAUAAAAAAGCGUACAGCACUUUGGAAUGGAUUGAUUUAUGAUACAUCUGAUAUGUGAGAGCUACACUUCGUGUUGCUGCUGUCCAGCUGCUGCUGGAGUACUUGAGCUGACUUCACUGCAGCAAGCCCAAGUGAUCAGUCCUCACCACUAGCAGAACGUAAGCAAGUGUGAUGCUGAAAUGAGAUGAGGCUCCGAAAUGGAACUGUGGCCACCGUGUUAGUUUUCAUCACUACUUUCCUCAGUUUGUCCUGGUAUACUGCAUGGCAAAAUGGGAAAGAAAAGUUGAUUGCCUAUCAGCGGGAGUUUCACGCGCUGAAGGAACGCCUGCGCAUCGCCGAGCACCGCACGCUGCAGCGCUCCUCCGAGCUCAACGCCAUCCUGGAGCAGUUCAGGAGGGCCGUGGCAGAGACCAAUGGCAGUAAGAAUGCCAUGAAUAAUUUUUCAGAUGAGACGCUGAAACUGUUAAAAGAGCUAACAAGUAGAAAAUCUCUUCAAGUGCCAAAUAUCUAUUACCAUUUGCCUCAUUUGUUGAAAAAUGAAGGAAGCCUUCAACCUUCUGUGCAGGUUGGCCUUGGAAGGACAGGAGUUUCCAUUGUAAUGGGAAUACCUACAGUGAAAAGAAAAGUCAAGUCUUACCUUACAGAAACUCUCCACUCCCUUAUUGAUAAGCUGUCCCCUGAAGAAAAACUGGAUUGUGUUAUGGUUGUCUUUAUAGGAGAGACUGAUCUUGAUUAUGUUAACAGUGUUGUUGCAAGCCUGGAAAGAGAGUUUUCUACAGAGAUCAAUUCUGGCUUGGUGGAAGUAAUAGCCCCUCCUGCAACAUACUAUCCUGACUUGACAAACUUGAAAGAAACAUUUGGAGACUCAAAAGAGAGAGUGAGAUGGAGAACAAAACAAAACUUGGAUUAUUGUUUUCUUAUGAUGUAUGCCCAGAAAAAAGGGGUUUAUUAUAUUCAGCUUGAAGAUGACAUUGUUGUCAAGCAGAAUUAUUUCAGCACAAUAAAAAAUUUUGCACUUCAGCUUGCCUCUGAAGAUUGGAUGAUUCUAGAAUUUUCUCAGCUGGGUUUCAUUGGUAAAAUGUUCCAGUCUCCAGAUAUCACUCUUAUUGUAGAAUUCAUAUUUAUGUUUUAUAAAGAGAAACCUAUUGAUUGGCUCCUGGACCAUAUCCUCUGGGUGAAAGUGUGUAAUCCUGAGAAAGAUGCUAAACAUUGUGAUCGACAGAAAUCUAACCUACGGAUACGCUUCAGGCCUUCUCUUUUCCAGCAUGUUGGCCUCCACUCUUCUCUAGCAGGGAAGAUCCAGAAACUCACAGAUAAAGACUUCCUGAAACCAUUACUGCACAAAAUCCACGUGAAUCCACCUGCAGAGGUUUCGACAUCUUUAAAAGUCUACCAGGGGCAUACGCUAGAAAAAACCUACGUAGGGGAAGACUUUUUCUGGGCUGUCACACCAGUUGCUGGAGAUUAUAUUCUCUUUAAAUUUGACAAGCCAGUCAAUGUAGAAAGGUACUUGUUUCACAGUGGCAAUCCAGAGCAUCCAGGAGACAUACUUCUAAACACAACUGUAGAAGUUUUGCCUUUUCAGAGUGAAGAACUGGUAUUAAGCAAAGAAACCAAAGACAAACGCUUAGAGGAUGGUUACUUCAGGAUAGGGAAGUUUGAAAACGGUGUAGCUGAAGGAACGGUUGACCCCAGCCUAAAUCCUAUUUCAUCAUUCCGGCUUUCAGUGAUACAAAAUUCAGCUGUUUGGGCAAUUCUGAAUGAGAUUCAUAUUAAAAAGAUUACAAACUGAUCAUGGAAAUCUGCUUUAGAGGAAAAAGAAAGAAUUCUUGAAAAUUCUUCCUAUAAAAUCUGACAUCCUUAGCAAGUCACAAAUUGAAAAUACUGAGCAUGCACCUUAUUCCAAAUGUCAUUCUUUUUCACUUGAACUCUACCUCUUGUGAAAUCUACUGUAGAUGAGAAGAUUGUAUUUAUCCCUUCUUAUCUGAUCCAUCCAGAAACUGAUGCUCCACACUGAUAACGUUCGUCUGAGGCCCAAGUUGUCCUCCACUGUAAUGUGACUUUACCAUCUUAUGGUUGCAGAACCCUGCUACGCUUAACCUGUACUAUUUUGAUAGUAUAGUAAUAUAGAGUUGUACAUAUUGUUACAUUCCUUGAAGAAAAAAAAUAUAAUUAUUGUUAAAUAAGUUUUAUGAAGGGGGUACUUUCGGAGUUCCAUUUAUUUUCUAUAACAAGAACCCUCUUUUAUAGACUGUCAGGGAUAUAUAUUAAAAAUGCUAGGGGUAUUUAAUUUAUUAAAAUAAUUUGAAAAGUACAUAUUUUUAUGCAGUGAAAUUUUAAAUUGAUAUAGUUUUUUUAUGAAUUCUCUAGUUUAAGUUAUCUUUCUACAUUUUUCUUUGGAGAUGCAAACAUAAAUUAAUACCAUAUUUCAAAUAUACUGCCAUGUUUAAAAAAAACAAGAUUAAGUUUCUAAAUUAUGUAGUUUUAUACACAGAAUCUGAAUGAUGUUCAUAGGCAUAAACAGAGUUCUGAAGAGCAUUAUUCUUUGGGGCUAUGAAAUUCCACUAUGUACAGUUUGUAGCCACAUAAAAAGCAUGUUGAAAUGUCUUGUUUCAUAUUAUGUACAAAAUCUGCAGUAAUUUUAGAUUUAAUCCAUUGCAUUUUAGAAGAAUUUUUUUUUACUCCAAACCAGUUCUUUCUAAAAAUAUUUGUAAACAUUUCCUAGGCUGAACAAAUUCAUUUUCUGUACUGAAGAAAAUCAUUCUCCAGCUUUGCUUUGGAGAGACAAGAGAUUACCUUUUAUCAAAAGAAUGAACAGUAGAUACAUUUGAUUUACAGAGGUCUCCUUUUAAAAAGUUCUGUUAUUGCAGCAUUUAUUUUGGAUACAUUAGCGAGUAGUUACAGUUUAUUUUCUUCCUUUGUUUAAGAACAAGGUUUUAGUUUGAUUCCUUUAUGGAUCAGUAUGGUAACUCACACUAACUUUAUAGUAGGAACUGAAUCUGGCCUCAAGUUACUAGCCUGCCUUUUUGUGUCAAGGGAAACAACAGUCAUCUUAAAUGAAUCAGAAAUUCGGUCAGCAACAGGACGUGGUCUGGAUUACAAUCAGAGUGGAACUGUUGCAGUACAAAUGCUGCUGCUUUUCUGAAAAGUCCUGCUUAGGUGCUUAUGUGUAAGGACUCAGGCAUGGGAAGAUUUCAGUUUGUCAGAAAUAGCCAGGAAAAAGAGAGGCAGGAAUUCCUCCCUUUUAAUUGGAAUGAAGUGCCUGAUUGACAUUGGAGGGAGGCAUCCACGCUGGCUUGGAUAUUGUCCUUUGUGCUGUGAACCAGCCUCCUGGAACUGACAUCUCAAAAGCUGGCCAGCUUUCCCUGUGGAAAAAACCAUACUCUGCUACUCCCAACAAGGAAUCAUAGAAUCACUUAAGUUGGAAAAGACCUUUAUUGUCUUUGUGAUCAGGGCACAGAUGCACAAAACCUGUUGCAGGUUCCCUGAUCUAGAGCAGGGGUCUUGAAUUUGUACUUCCCUAUUAAAGUUCAGCUGAUAGAUUUGGGCUCCCUUUCACAUAGGCUUGUAAGGAGCAGGAGCCUAAAGCUGCCUUGCUAGCACUGCAAGCGCCACUGGAUUAUAGUGUCAACCUGUCUUCUCUUCUGCCUUGUUGGAGAAUUGUGCCAUAGCUUUGACAGUUCAGCAAUAUUCAAGUUGAAGAACUUAACUACUUCUACAGACUGCUGUCAUUUUGGUUUAGCUAUGUUGUCUGGGGACACAGGGAAGACAAGAUUUGUACCCAGAGCAAGACCUUCUGUUUAGAUUGACUGGUGUAAUUUCAAGAAAAAAUAGAUACCAAAUGGACCUUGUUUACUUUUCCUGAUUGCAUCAGGUGGUGCAAAUAAAAUGUUACUUGGAAAGCUUGUGUUGCCCAUAGAUGCUGUAGGCAUAAGCUAAACACAUAAAUGGAGUUCAUUCUUGGAUUUAGGAAUGUGGGUGACUAGGCUCUGAAUCCCAUGUGACUCUAGCCUAUUGUGGUGCUACAGCCCCAUUUGGUUCCUGUAUAAUGCCCUGCCAUCAAAUUACUGACAUGCAAUGGCUUUUUUUAAUCACACAUCAGCUAGCAAAGGUCUGAGAAAGUAUUUAGGUUUUCUUUUCAGCUGUGUCUGUGAAUGAAUGAUGCAAGUUAUUUAAACUAGGGUUAUUUAUUACAAUCCAGACUGCAGAAAUACAUUAGAUAUUGCAGUUUCUUAAUAUAAUUAAUUUUGUUGACAGUGACCUUUUCCAUUUUUUCCAUGAGUCUGGAAGUUUACUGGUACUAUUUAUGUAAGAAACCUGUGUGCUUAUUCUAAAAGCAUCACUGUUCCUGACAUUUCACAGUAGUUAAGAUGAAUCACUGCUAAUAUAUUUAAAUACACAGAACCCUUACCACAUUGAUUGCAAGAUUGGUUAGUAGUAUAUUUAGUUUUCAAAAAUGUUGAGAAGAUCCAAGACAACAAAUUUAACUAGUCUGUGGUAAAAUGUGGGUUGUUUUCUAAAGAUUGAUGCAUUUUUAUUACAUUGUAGUAGCAGGAGUUAAAAAUACUCUGGGCUGUUUCAAUACUUUCAAUGUUCCUGAGAGCUUACAGGCUCUCUAGAUAAAUGUGCCACAUUAUCAAUACAAAUUAUAUUUUAUAGAUUCAGGUAUAUUCAGAGUUGGUGUAAUCAGGUAGAUUAUUUCUGCAGACAGCUCUUUUCGGCUUAGUACUUUUAAGUUCCAAAUCAGGCUAAAGUGGUGCAAGACUCCUUCGUGGAAGUAUGGUGAAGUAAGAACACCUGGGCUGUUUGGCUCAUCAGUUUUUAGCUUGGGUACUGUUUCUGACUGGGUCUGCACCAGCAGGCGGGUGUUUCCCGCACAUCUCCAUUGUAAGGGACAAUAUUAUCACAAGAUAAUAUUGUCCCUUAAACAGCAUCUUAAACCUAUUACCUGUUUUGAGGGAGUUCUCCCCUACAUGUAUUUAAAGUUACUUUUGUUGUCACCUUCAAAAUCCCCGUGAGGCCGCUGAAUCUUAAGAGAUAUCCAAUAAUGGAAAGUGUUUGGAAAAAAACUGCACUAUCCUAUAUUCCUGUUAGCUCCUUCUGAUGCUGUUAAAGCUCCAGAAAAGCAAACUUUUGUGAAACCAAAGGUAUAGCCAGAAACCUGCAUUACCUGGGCAAAUGAACUUCUUAUACUGGAUGCCUAACAGCCUGGCUGAUGUGAACAUUUGCUUUUUUGAGCUGAUCAGGAUUGCUUGGGACCAAGAAAACACAAGACUGCCAGUAUAAUCUUGCUUUGCUCAUUCAGUGGGUCAUGCUACUGAACACUUUGUAAAUAAUGUGAACAGGAUGUGAUAAUUAGAGUGUUUCUAAAGCACUGUAUAAGGCUUUGAGCUUUUGCAGGCAUCUCAAUUGUGUGUUUU